UUGUUGAAAGUUCUAAAACCUGCGUGUUAGUCACUGAGCUAAAAUCACCUAGGGGAAAUUGGCGAACAAGGAUUUCUGGUCGAAAGAGGCGCUUAAAUUGGCUUGAAAAUUCUGUCAACUGCCCUAAAAAUGAGUUCGCACAUAAAACUACCGUAAAUUGCCGUGCAAGGUAUCUGGAUAUUUUACAUUCCACGUAA